GACGAUCCGACCAAUGAGCCUCCAAUGAAGCGAGAGGAGGCGAAUAGCUGCCCCGCGCCUUCGCCGAUGAUGACUUUUAAACAGUUUUUGUCGACUCAAGAUGAUUCCAUCUCGGAUGAAGACGCUAUUCAAAAGUAUCAGGAAUACAAACUGGAGUACAAACGUCAACAACUUCAAUGUUUUUUUGAUGCACAUAAAGAUAAGGAAUGGUUUCGUUUAAAGUACCACCCGGAGGACAGCGCUAAGCGCCGUCAAGAACAGUUGUCAGCUGUGCGACGUCGUCUCGAAGUGUUUCUUGAAUUGCGGCAAAAGGGCUGGCUGGAUCGUUGCGACUUAGAGCACACCAACGGCAGAAACCUUAUUAAAUUGAUGGACGCCGUUGUGGUGAAACUCGAAGGUGGAACGGAUGAAGAUCUGGAAGCGCUCGAGAAACUGGAUGAUUUUGACGAGGCUGCGGAAGAUUCGGUGGAAGACAAAGCUUCGCAAGGAAAAGAAGCUGACGUGGAAGUUCCUGAACAGCCUGCCAAAAUCAAAGUGGGAACAAGCAGUAAUGGAUCUCCGAACGAAGAGGGGGUACUCAGCGACAGCGACGCGUCUGACAAAGAAUCCGUUGAAAGUGGUGAGUAUGUGGUGAUUGUAUCGUCAUUUUCAGCAUGUCAUAUCGUUCCUGCGUUUGCAGAAGGCCAUGAAUCUGGAAGAUCAAAGACCCCACCCGAACUACCGGAGGAAAGUUCGGAAAACGCUGCAGAGUCCCAACAACCAUCUCAGCCGACCCAGCAGGCGCCCGAAACGCCGGAGGGAAAAGAUACAUCAUCCGACAAAAGUGAAAAGAACGAAAAGAAGCCGCCGAUGCUGCUGCACAAGACAGCCAGUAUUUUUCUCAGGAAUCUCUCUCCCGCAAUAACCAAGCAAGAAGUUGAGGCGUUGUGCAAGCGUUACCCUGGUUUUUUGCGCGUGGCUCUUGCUGAACCGUUGCCUGACCGGCGAUUCUUCCGUCGAGGUUGGGUGAGUUUCAGUCGAGACGUGAAUAUCAAAGAAAUUUGCUGGUGUCUAAACAACCUUCGCCUUCGCGACUGCGAUCUCGGCGCGAUCGUAAACCGCGAUCUGACGCGCCGCAUACGCACCGUCAACGGAAUUACCGGACACAAGACGGUUGCGCAGAACGAUCUGCGACUCGCUGCUCGUCUGGUUUUGCUGUAUGACAAAAAAUGUGGCUUCUGGCAGGCGGACGUCAAAUCGGACCAGGCGGAUGGUUCUGAAGACAAAUUUCCUAUGUCGAUGGAUUUCGAAAACAUCAGCAAGAAUCCACUGCUCAGCAACAUAACAGACUACCUCAUCGAAGAAGCGAGCGCCGAAGAGGAGGAACUUUUAGGUACGAGUCUGUCAGAAAAUGACGGCGAGAGCCAGAAAGUCGUUUUUGAGAAAGACGAGAACUUGCGAAAAGUGCUGGACAUGAUCAUUUUGUACUUGAGAAUCGUCCACUCUGUUGAUUAUUACAAUCACGGCGAAUACCCUAAUGAAGACGAAAUGCCGAAUAGGUGUGGCUUGAUUCAUGUUCGGGGACCGCUGCCAUCCGGGAAUCAGUUUGAACAAGAUGAAACAGGAAUCAAACUGUUGAUUCCGGUGCAAUUUAUCAACGAAUUCAUGAAAAGCUUCGAACUGAAACUUCAGCCACUGCUUCAUGAGAAGGAAAAGCUGAGUGACGAGGAGGCCGAGAAACUUGGCAAGAAAGAUUCUGCGAAGGAGGUUGAAGCGUUCAUCAAUGAAAACUGCAAAGAGUUGGCUAAAGAUAAGUGGCUGUGCCCAUUAUCUGGCAAGAAGUUCAAAGGGCCGGAGUUCGUGAGAAAACAUAUAUUCAACAAACAUCCGGAGAAAGUCGAGGAAGUUCGCAUCGAGGUCGACUAUUUCAACAAUUACAUUUACGAUCCUAAGCGGCCAUCACUGACAGAAACGAAGCAACAGUCGAAUGCGCCCUGUUUCCCAAACAGCUCUCAUGACCGCGGCUACAACCAGGAAAGAGGUCAGGAUUACUACAGACAAGGAUUCGGAUCCGGCGGCGGCGGCGGCGGUGGCGGCAAUUACUACAAAGGAAGCAACAGUGGCAGUGGUGGCGUUGGUGGUGGCGGUAGCGGCGGCGGCUACCGAAGAGAUUUUUACUACCGACGGGAUUAUAGCAGUUCAAGAAGUUAUGGUGGAAGCCGGCAACAUGGUGACAGGUAG